CUUUCUUCAGAUUUCGCACUGCAUCCAGGCCCCGGCUGCUACACCAUCUAAUCAAGAGACGCCCUCAGCCUGAAACCCACCUCCAACAACCAUGCAGUCUGUCGAUGCCAAGUUCAGCCGAAGCUCUCUGCUGCUGGCCCUGAGGCGCUACGGCACAGCAGUGCACAAUAUGGAGCAGACCGUCCUGCUUCCCAGCCUCCUCAGAGAUGUGCCGUACGAUGACGGUUUGGACUGUGAGGCCGCCGACAACAGCAUGGACCUGUACGAGUACUACCUUCUGCUGAAAGCCAUCAAGAACACGGUGGAGAGCGGCCUCAUCCCACAUGACGAUGUCAAAGCCAAGAGUCACGCCACCCUGCACAAAGGCCUGGAGCCUCUGCUGGAGGCCGAACCCGAAGAGAUUUUCCACUUCCAUCUGCGAGGCCUGUUCACAGUCAUGGCAACGCUCACGAAGAAGUCCCAG